AUGGACAAUGAAGCACUGUUUAAAGAGCUUGUAGGAGCGUUUUCCGGCCCAAUCAUCGUGGUAAGGCAGUUUCCGCACUCAGUGACCAGGCUGAAGGAAUGUGCCGCGACUUCGGGGACACAAAUGCUUAAAAACGCAGUGGCCGGGAACGCAAAGGCCUCGGCAUUCAGUUUCGCCGAUUACGACCACAUUUCGGGGCUGCUGAGCAGGGACCUGGAGCACAAUCUGCUGGAUUCCCUCAGGCGCAACGACGAGCUGGUCUCGGAAUCCAUCGACUACGAGCUGGGCCACUACUACGCCGACUACUCGAAGUGGUUCAAGGACUGGUGUGUCACCCUGGCCUCGAGCCUGAGGGUAAAGCGGCACGCGCGCUACAAAAUACCCAUUGAGCGCAACGGAGUCGUCAUAUUCGCGCACCAGAAGGACGACCUGGAGCAGCUGGAGAGAGUGAUCGGCGAGUGGGCGGACUUUAAGCUGUCGAUAGUGUACCUGUGCGAGGAGUACCCGGAGGAGUUCACGACGCUGAUGACACAUAACACAGUCGAGUACUGCAUAGUUAACACGAAGGAGGACGUCGCGACCUCGCCGCAGCUGCUCGAGCUGGUGGAGAAGCACGUGAACGCGUGCCACGACCUGCUGCAGUGGAACGUGGAGGCGCUGCAGUCUGCCGUGAGGAACGUGAAGCUCACCUCGAAGAUGCUCUCCUCGGCGGAGGCUGAGCGUAAUUUGGGGAACCUGAGUCUGCUGAUGUGCGAGGAGCUGGCGCUGGGCAGGGACGGGGCGAUAUGCAGCGUCAUCAAGUCGAACCUGGACCACGAGAUCCUGGCGCUGGCGGAGCUGCUGCACGGCUGCUACGUCUACAAGUACGGCGCGGAGAGGGCAGGCGAGCAGAGCCCGGCGCUGAGCCAGGGGGACGAAUCGGACCGGAGCACGGGCAGCUCGGCGCUCUCGCACUUCGAGAAGGCAAUCGCGCACUUCAACAGGCACAACUGCGCCUACGAGUCCUUCUUCAUGAGCGUUCUGUCGCUGGUGAUAGGGGACAGCGAGGAGCUUAAUAAGCUGCUGUCGAAAAACGCGCUCCUUGAGCUUUCGAGCACGGCGGACUUCGCGCGGUCGGCGCUGUGUCUGGAGCUGAGCUCGAUCCGGUGCAACAAGGUGAAGCGGAAGCACUUCCAGCUCGUGAUGGCGGGGCACCUGUUCAACCAGGCGACCUUCAAAAAUCUGAGUAAGCGCUGCUACUUGGCCUGCAUAGACGAGUACGAGGGUUGGGACGUGUCGAAGCAGCACCUCUACGGCCUGCUGGGCAACUUUGACCCGGGUUUCAUAGUCAACAGCAUGAACAUAAUAUCGAGCGCGUACGAGAAUAGAUACAGCAACCAGUACACGUAUGCACAAGACAGACGCUCUGAGACCUCAGAAGCAAGUUCGGACAACGGCAUUGGAGUCGUGAGCGCAGACAAGGAGAUAUACUACCUGAAGAAGCUGAUGAGGCUUAAGAGUUUCCAGAACAAGAAGCAUCAGAUGAGCACGCUCAUCUCAGCAUCGUUCCAGAACUAUCCGUCAAUAUACUACGUGCACCACGAACUUCCGAAGAUUGAGGGACUUACGCCGUUCCUGGUGAGAGUGCCGAUAAUAUACCUGAGGAAGAACGGAAUUAUUGGGACGAACGUGAAGAUAGCGACUUCGUACGUGGAUGACCUUUACCAGAAGCUGCUGGAAAACUCGUUCAGGGACGCGACGUGGCAGAAGUGUAUGAAGUUUUACAACAUCAAGGACCACGUGAAGAGGGACUUCGUCUCAACCGACGGCGACAGCAAGGGCGCAAAUUACAUGAAAAACACGAAGUUGCAUUUGACGAUGCAGCUUCUGAACCCGCUGAACGUGGCACUGGACUGUAGCAAUUUCAAAAUACUCAUGGAGCUGGUCGGCAGUGAUGGAAGGGCCGAUGGAGUCUCCAGCGGUAAAGCUGUUGAUGAAGAUGUAGACCAAUCAGAAGGUGAGGUUGAUGGAAAGUAUAGAUGGGUGGAUUGUGAAAUACUGUCACACGAUAAAAAUGAAGGAUUUCAUAUGGAGCCAUAUGAAAAGAAGGAUCUGGUGCUGACAUUCAGGACGGGAGAGGUGGGCAGCUUUAAAGUGAAGGGAGUGUGCUGGAAGCUGUUCAACUGUAUGUACUUCUGGUCGCCAGUGUACACGGUCGGGAGGAAGCUGAAGAACUACGAGUGGUGCAAAAGGUUAACACUGGAAGAGUUCAUAUCGCAGAGAGCAGUAGAUAAAGCGCUGUAUUUUAACGUCUAUGAAGAAAGGCCGAAGCUGAAGCACAGCUUCAGGAAGGUGUCAGACCUGAGCCACCUGAAAAAAUCGGUAUUUUUUGCGAAAAAGGAUCUGGAGUACGUAAGCCACGACAACCAUCUUAUGUUUUACACUGAAAAGUACGCUAGGAGUACGAGUGAGCUAGGACAGCCUAAUAGUGGGAAGGAACUAAACACAGAUAACCUGUGUCUGUUUGAGUAUUUUAAUGGCGAAUCGGGACUUAUUGAAAUUUUAUUACAAAACCUGGAAAAUCAGCCAAUAAAUUCAGUGAUGCUGAGGUUCAAGGUGCUAGGGACCUUUAAGAUCGCACCCUAUCCAGUCUCGUACAAGUUUAAUUCAGCUGAGCACUGCGAUCGGCUUCCUGGCCGAAAGAAUGCAAACAGGCCGGUGAAGGAUAGCAAUUCGGGCGUUGGCCACGGUCACUGUGGCCCUGAACCUGCUUCUGUUGAACUGAGCUGGAACGUGAUUAACUUCCCCAACGUCAAGGUGAGGGAGGACAAUCUGACUGAGAAGAUGUACGAGGUGUACAUGAGGUUCAAGGACGACGGAGUCACGCUCCACAGACACGCGCUGUCGAUAUACCUGUUCGUGGAGCCGAUUAAGUUCCUGGAUGGAAUUGCACUCAUAGAUGGGUCAGUGUCGCUCUCGCCAAAGUCUGGGCUGGAUCUGCUGUUGCCAUUUAAGCUGUUCCUCAAGGUCAAGGCCGGCCCCAAGUUCACAGGCUACUUCGACUACAAGGACUCUGUGAAAAUCCAGGUGCAAAACAGGUCGAGUGAGCACAUAAGGGGGUUGGACUUUGCGGUAAACGAUAAGCCAGUUAGUGUAGUAACUGGAGUUGAUGGCGCAACUAACUUGGGCGCUGCCGGUGAAUAUGAACUGGUUGACGUUCCGCCCAGGAGCACUGUCACCUUUGCGAUUCCGAUUGAAAACCCGAUUCAGAUUCUCGUGGACAAGCACAACACCUCGGAGGAAAAGCUCAAGUUCACGGCCUUCUGGUGCACCGCGCACCGGUUCGGGGUCCACUCUGGCAGCGUUGAGUACUCCAGGUAUAAGCUGUGCCUGAGCGUGGCGUCGCCGCAGCGAGAACGCAAGUUCACCCCGGAGCCCGUGGUGGUUACUCUGACCCUGACGCUCCAGAACGUCUCCACAGAGUCCAUUAAGUCCCUGUCGGUGUCUGCCAUUCAGGAUUAUGAGGGCGAGCACGUGUACACCUUCAUCGGCGUGACCAAGAGGAACGUCAGCGUCAUCCACCCCGGUAAAAGCGUGUGCUUGGACUUCAGCGUUUUAAUGUCGCUCCCGGGCGUUUACAGCUUCUCACCCCUCGAUUUCAAGCUCGUCAGCCCACUCGACGACAGGCACGUUCUCUACCAGGACAACGUGAGCACGAUAAUUUUAUACGACUGA